AUGUCAGACGAGACGCAAAAGACGCCCGUGACGAUCGUCACCGGCUUCCUCGGCGCCGGCAAGACGACGCUCGUGAAUCACAUCUUGCGCGGUGAUCACGGGUUGAAGAUCGCGGUGAUCGAGAACGAGUUCGGUGCCGUCUCGAUCGAUGACGCGCUAGUGAGUGAAAACAUCAAGGAGAAGGAGGACGUGAUCUCGAUGGAUAAUGGGUGCGUGUGCUGCACCGUCAGAGGCGACUUGGUGCGCGCAUUGUUGACUUUGAGGGAUCGAGGGAAGAAGUUUGACGCUGUGAUCAUCGAGACCACUGGGUUGGCCGAUCCCGCGCCGGUGGCGUUCACGUUCUUCAUCAACCCAGAGAUCGCUGAGAACUACAGGAUCGAUAGUAUUCUGUGCCUGGCGGACGCGAAACACGUGGCGCUGCACAUGGAGGAGGAGAAGCCAGAUGGGGCAGUGAACGAAGCGGUGCAGCAGGUGGCGUUCGCGGAUCGAAUUUUGUUGAAUAAGAUCGAUCUCGUGAGCGAGGAGGAGUUGGAGACGUUGGAGAAGACUUUAAGAAGCGUGAACGCGAGCGCAGAGGUGUUGCGGACGCAAAACUCCGUCGUCGACCUCAACGUCGUGUUGGGGGUGAACUCGUUCUCGUUGGAGAAGACUCUGGAGACUGAUCCGAGCUUUAUGGAUGAGAAUAAGGAGAAUAAGCACGACUUGACGGGCGUGAGCUCGGUCGGGAUCGCGGUCGAGGGCGAGCUCGAUUUCCAAGCCGUGAACGAGUUCAUGAUGAAUCUGCUUCAGGAAAACGCGCUCAACAUGUACCGAUCGAAGGGCGUCUUGUGCUUCGAAGGACAGGGUGACGCAAAAUUCGUGUUCCAGGGUGUGCAUGAACAGAUCAAUUUCGGUCCCGCCGCGUCGACGUGGGCCGAAAACGAGCCGAGGAUCAACCGCAUGGUAUUCAUCGGUCGCAACCUUGAUCGACCGGCGCUCGAAGCCGGAUUCCGCGCAUGCCUCGCGAAGAAGUAA